GGCAACUUCGGAACCGACAAGUCAUCUAACAUGCCGCUCCUGUUUGUAAUCCAACAGAUGCUGCUAAUAUGCACCGCGUGUCCGCCUCACGGCCCGUCGUCGGCUACUCUCGCCUUGGGAUCCGGAUUCGUCCAGCAAGAAACCUUCGUCCCGCCCGUCAACCACAGCAUCGCAGGCCUGCUGCACAAUCAUCGCGCAGCAACCAUGGAACAGUGCCGGAGCAGUACAAGAGCGGAUCCCGCGGCGGCAAUCGUCACUGGGCACGGCAACUUCGGAACCGACAAGUCAUCUAACAUGCCGCUCCUGUUUGUAAUCCAACAGAUGCUGCUAAUAUGCACCGCGUGUCCGCCUCACGGCCCGUCGUCGGCUACUCUCGCCUUGGGAUCCGGAUUCGUCCAGCAAGAAACCUUCGUCCCGCCCGUCAACCACAGCAUCGCAGGCCUGCUGCACAAUCAUCGCGCAGCAACCAUGGAACAGUGCCGGAGCAGUACAAGAGCGGAUCCCGCGGCGGCAAUCGUCACUGGGCACGGCAACUUCGGAACCGACAAGUCAUCUAACAUGCCGCUCCUGUUUGUAAUCCAACAGGUUAGUGAUGGAAAUUGCGUUAACUUUAGAAGUGACAACCGAUUUAUUAUUGUUCUGCCGUGCCCACAAGUGUUCUUUGAUUGUGCCAUGAAUUGUCGGGAUAAUCUGCUGUUACUUCUUUCUGGUGACGUCGAACGAAACCCGGGCCCAGAGACGAGACUAGAAACGAUGAUUUCCCAAGUGCUCGAAAACCAAAAACAGCUGAAAAGUGAACUUAAGGAAGUAAAGGAAAACCAGAUAGCGUCCCAGCAAAGACAAAACGCAAUGGCCGAUAAAAUCACCCACCUUGAGACAGCCCUUGACGUCCUCCAGAAGAGUAAUCAGCAGAUAUUGCAGCUACAAGGAACGCUUCAGAGUCUAGAAGAAUUGGUCUACUUACAACGCGAAAAGAUAGCAGAUCUUGAGGAUAGAGGUAGGAGAAAUAACCUAAUAGUAUUUGGCAUUCCUGAAACGCCAAAUGAAACGGUUGAGAACCUGAAACAAAGUGUGAUAAAUACUGUCUUCCAACAACAACUAGGCGUAACUGUGAAGACAGUGGAACGAAUACACAGGCUUGGAAAAAGGACAGAUGGAAAAAUUCGACCGGUCAUCCUAAAACUGUGGUUCAAGAGUUUACUAGAAUUACUGAUUCUUCCCGUUCUAUACUAG